GUCUUCACACAACUAAAGUUUUCUAUUGAAAGAUAAAAUCUUUAAAAAGUGUGUUACAUCUUUCUGAACCCCUGUGUUUCACAAUACGUCAAGUUCUCACUGUAACUUUGACUGUAAUUUAUGUGAAACAAACAUGUUUCAUCUUUGUUAUGUUGUUCUUAUUGCCUCUCUUAGGUGCCAAAGAGGUGAAUGCCAGUGGCAAGACCUUCACAGUGAAGAGUUCCCUGCAGUUCCAGGUGAACCGGCAUGAUGACGGUGUGGCCUACACUUGUAGAGUGGACCACAUGGCCCUGACUGCCACCCAUGAAGAGACAACACAGGUUUUGGAAGUCCACUAUGCUCCCUAUGUAGAGAUCAAACACUCCAUACCAGCCCCACUGGAGGGGCAGAACCUCAAACUGGAAUGUGUUCCUCAUGGAAACCCCUCGCCAGACCCAGUACUCUGGACUAAAGACGGAGGAGAGCUGCCAGACCUGGACCGGGUGAUUGUUGAAGGAAGAGAGCUCACCUUCAUGGCACUGAACAAAACAGACAACGGCACCUACCGCUGUGAAGCUACCAAUCACCUUGGCACCAGCCAUGCUGAAUAUAAGCUGGUUGUUAAAGAUGCCCCCACCACAUCGUCCCCAUCCACAACUUCCCCUGCACCCACCCUCCCAGACACUACAGGUCCCUUAGACUCCAAGCAUCUCAAUUCUGCUGUCACCGGUAACAGAGAUCCUAAUGCACUGUCAGGCCCGCCAGACCAUGCUCUGAUUGGUGGAAUUGUCGCUGUUGUCGUCUUUGCAACUCUGUGCUUAAUUAUUGUAUUGGGACGUUACCUGGCACGGCAUAAAGGCACAUAUUUGACAAACGAGGCCAAAGGAGCGGAUGAUGCCCCGGACGCAGACACAGCCAUCAUCAAUGCUGACGGCAACCACGCACACGCAGAAGAAAAGAAAGAGUAUUUCAUUUAGACUGCAAGUGGCACUGCGCUCCUCUCUCUCUCUCUCUCUCUCUCUCUCUCUCUCUCUCUCUCUCUCUCUCUCUCUCCUCUCGUUCCUUCCCUCCUUCCCUGCACCUUGUAG